AUGUCUCAAUCACUUGCGGAACUUGGUUGGCGAACCUUCAAUUUCUUCACGUUGACACCUGCUCGUGAUCCCAGUGACCCAUCUAAAAAAGCUACAUUUCUUCAAGGAAUUGAUAUUCUUUGUUGGGCACCAGGAAAUGGUUAUGUUAUUUUUGGCGAGCCAAAAGGAGCUGUAUUUCAAUUGGAAAAAAGUUUGGACAUUCGAUUUUUCAAAGUUUUUAAACAACGACUUAUUCAUUUUGCAUUGGCAAAGAAUUUACUUGUUGCUAUUGGAGAUGAUGCAGACGAUCUUUCCACAUUUUCUCCAACUUCAAGUUCUUCACAAGGAAUGCCAGUUUUGAAGAUUUGGGAUUUAAGUCAAUGGAAUGAAACUGUUGCCCCUAAAUGUAAACAUACUUUUCCUUUGAAUUUGGGGAGGAAAGUAGAUGCAAGCAAAGCUUCCGUUGUAGCUGUUAGUCAAAAUUUAUCAAUUUUGGUUGUUGGUCUCUCAAAUUCUUCCCUUUUUUAUGCUUUUGGUGAUUGGCAGAAAGACCGACCAAAAUUUCGUUCACUUCGAGAUGGAUCAAAUAUUUUAAAAAGUGGCCAUCUAGUUGGAAUAGCUGUAGCAUCAAUUAGAGAUCGUACAAUCAUUACGUGUAUAACUGAGAAGUCUUUAAAUUCGUAUAUUUUGGGAAUUGAUGGGAAUUUACUUCAAACAGCCAUUCACGAUGCUGAAGGCUGUGAACGAAAUUGUUGGUUCUUUUCUCCUUCAAAUAAUCAAUUGCUUGUUUCGAAUAGAGAUAUGGUCUAUUUUUACAAUUUGGAAGAUUGUUUAGAAAUGGGUGCCGAAAAUGGAAGAUGUCAUGCAUUAAGCCGAGGUAAAGAUAAAAUUCAACUUUUACAACGUGAAGGACUUGUUGCAUUACUUACUGAACAAGAUGCACAUAUCCAAUCUAAAGGAAAUUCAAAAAUGACUUUAUUAAAUAUUUAUGAUAUUGAGCAACGUUAUAUUGCUUUCUUUUGUUCAAUGCCUUCCCCUUGCCAUCUAUUUUUGUUGGACACCGACAUUUAUUUAUUGAAUUCUGAAGGAGUUUUGUGUAAAUUAGUUGAGGAAAACUUGAACACAAAAUUGGAAAUUCUGUUAAAAAAGAAUUUAUUUGAUUUGGCAAUUAGGUUCUAUGUUAAUUUUACCUAUUUUUUCUUCGAGGACCUCUAUCUUUCUUCCCACCAAUUCUCUUUAAACAUUUUAAUAAAAUUAAAAUUUAGCAUUGUACGACAAAGUCGGUUUACUACAGUUGAUCAGUGCAAGAGUAUUUAUAUGAAAUAUGGAGAUUACUUAUAUACCAAGGGUGACUUUGAUAAUGCAAUGAAACAAUACACAGAAACGAUUGGACAUGUAGAGCCAUCUAAAAUUAUUAAAAAAUUUCUCGAUGGAACAAGAAUAUCUCAGCUUUGUUUUUAUUUGGAAACUUUACAUAGCCAAUCUUUGGCUAUCGGGGAACACACAACACUUUUAAUUAGUGCUUAUGUUAAACUUAAUUCUGUCCAAAAAUUAAAUCAAUUUAUUGAUCAAAAUGAGCAUUAUUUACUUCUCCGUUCUGCCCAACUUUAUCGUGUUGCUGCUAAAUUGGCAUUAAAAUGUCAAAAACCUGAUAUUUUUAUUGACAUUUUAACUCAAGAUACGAAAGAAUUUACGGAAGCAUUACGUUUUAUAGAAAAAUUGCCAGCUUCUAGUGCCUGUAAUUUUCUUCAAUUAUAUGGAUCUUUAUUGUUGGAAAAUAUUGAAGAUGAGACAAUUAAAAUAAUUAGAAAAUUAAUUGCUGCGAAAGAGGCAAAUCAUAGCCAACUUGUAAAAAUGUUAAUGAGUAGACCAUCAAGAAUGGAAGAGAUAUUUACUGAAUUAAACAUUUCUGGUCAAUUACAAGAUGUACACCUUCGCAACGCUUUACUAGAGCAACGUUUAAAGCGUUUUGAAAGUGGAGAGGAUUAUUCAAAAGAAGAUGUUGAUGAGAUAUUACAAUUAAUAGGACCUGACAAUUCUGAACAAGCUUUGCUUUUGGAAAAGCGUUAUAAAUGCCCUCCUCUUGUUAUGCAUAUUCUCCGCUUGCAAAAUAGGAAAGAGGAUUUAUUACGUUAUUUACUUAACGAGGGCAAUAUUAUUGAGGUUAUUGAACUUUGCGGAGAAAAAGCAUUACGAGAAAUGUGGAUUGAUUUAAUCGGCCAUGUUUGUGCUCGUCCAAAUAAAACAAAAAAGGAUGAUUUGAUUGCGUUAUUGAAAAGAAUUUCUCAAUCUGAUUUACUUCAUCCAUUGGUUGUACUUGAAAUGCUUUCUAAGGAUGAUUCACUUCAAGUUGGAGAUAUUCGUGACUAUAUAGUUGCUUGGCUUGAAAGACAAAAUGCUGCGAUUAAAACAUCAGAAAAUAAAUUGUCUGAACAACAAAAACGUUUGGAAGGAAUGAAUGCUGAAAUUGAUGAUUUAGAGAAUAAUGUUCAAGUUUUCCAAGUAAGUAAAUGUGCAGUUUGUAAUAAUCCCCUCCAAGUGCCGUCUAUUCACUUUCUUUGUCGACAUUCCUAUCAUGCAAAUUGUUUUGAAUCUUAUAGUGGUAAUUCACCAGAUCAGUGCCCAGCUUGUACCGUUUCUGCUAGAAAAAACACAAAAGAACAAGGUGCAUCUACUGUCAAACAGCCAAAACAAUUAGUUUAUCAACAAUUUAAAAACGAGUUAGAAAACUGUCCAGAUGCAAUGGCUUUAAUCUCAGAAUAUAUUGCUAGUGGUGCCUUUAAUAUACAACCUACUGCAAAUGCUCCAGUAAAGUCAAAUAAUCCCUUUGAUGACGACAAUGAAGAUAGCAAUGAUGACUCAAAUUCAAAAUUUAAGCGUAAAAAAGGAGGUGGGGAUGGAAAAAAGCUUCGUUCAAAUCACAGCCUUAACCCAGAGAGGAAAGUAACGGGAAAGACAACUGGUAGUGGUCCAACUAUGCGUUCAAAAUCUACCAUUAAUCGACUUCGUAUGUAUAAAAACUUCAAACCGAAAAGAAAUGCGCAGGGUAAAAUAACCAAAGAAGCACCCUUUCAAGGAACUUUAAAAUCGGGAACAGUUGCUCGUGUUGAACCUCAUCGGCGUUGGUUUGGUAAUACUCGUGUAGUUGGGCAGGACCAGCUGCAACAAUUUCAAGAAGAAAUGGGUAAAGUACUUUUCGAUCCUUUUCAAGUUGUGAUGAGACAAACGCGGGCACCAAUUUCUUUGUUACAAGAAAAAGCUAAGCAACAACGAGUUCACAUCCUCGACACUCAAAGUUUUGAACAUACUUUCGGAAAGAAAGCACAAAGAAAAAGAGCUACUUUAAAUGCAUUUCGAGAAGAAGCUGAACUUAAAAGUGGUGAUUAUUUGGAGGAAAAUGAUAGAUAUUUGGUUGUAAAUCAAGCAAAAGCAUUGGAGGAACGAACAGAAAAUCCAACCCCUCUUUUCAGAGCUGGACAGAGUGCUCGCGUUUGGAGUGAACUUUAUAAGGUGAUUGACUCGUCAGACGUUCUUUUAGAAGUUCUGGAUGCUCGUGAUCCAAUGGGAACACGAUGUCGCCAAGUUGAACAAUUUCUUUCAAAAGAGAAGCCUCACAAACAUUUGGUUCUUGUUUUAAAUAAAGUUGAUUUGGUGCCUAACUGGGUGACGAAGAAAUGGAUGCAAAUUUUAUCCAAAGAAAUGCCAACAAUUGCUUUCCAUGCUUCCAUUCAACAUAGUUUUGGCAAAGGUUCUUUAAUCAAUUUGUUGAGACAAUUUUAUAAAUUACAUCGAAAAGAACGUAAGCAAAUUAGUAUUGGCUUAAUUGGUUAUCCAAAUGUUGGAAAGUCUUCAGUUGUUAAUACUCUUCGAAAUAAAAAAGUUUGUAAAACAGCACCGCUCGCUGGGGAAACAAAAGUUUGGCAAUACGUGACGAUGAUGAAAGGAAUUUAUUUAAUUGACUGUCCAGGUGUUGUGUACCCUCCACAUGGUGAUAGUGAAACAGAUUUGGUGUUAAAGGGGGUUGUUCGAGUAGAAAAUGUUCCUGAUCCAGAAAAUCAUAUCGCUGCAGUGCUUGAUAGAGUUCAGCCUGAACAUUUAUUGCAACAUUAUGCACAUAUUUUCAACAAAGAAGAAGAAAGGAAUGAAGAAAAGGGAAAGAGGACGUUCUUAACAAAUUCUGAAGAAUUUUUAAGCAGGAUUGCAUUUGCUACCGGUCGUCUAUUAAAAGGUGGAGAGCCAGAUUUAAACACGGUUGCGCGUCAAGUCCUAAAUGAUUAUCAAAGAGGUAAUAUACCACAUUACGUGCUUCCUCCUGGGUGCAGAUCACAAAGUGUAACUCCUUCAGAAAUUGGCAGACAAAUGGCGGAUGAGAGACCAAUAAAUUUGGUAGAAGAGGAUGAGAAAAUUGAUGCAAUGACUGAUUCUGAAUGUGUACCUGAUGAUGAAAAAAUGCUUGAUGAGGAAGAAAUUUUUGAAUUAAAGGACGAAGAAGUUAAGGAAGAGGAUGAUGAAAUAAAUUGGAAAGAUCCAUCAGGCGAAAAAGAAAUAAUUAAAGCAAUUCUUGCAAAACGAGAGAAAAAAGAGGGAGAUGAUGAAAAGAAGAAAAAAGAAGAGAACAAAGAGGGUGAAACAGAAGAUGAUGGUUUUGAUGAUGGAGAAUCUAGUGUAAUUACUGAUUUUGAAUUUCAGCUAAGUGCAACGGAUGACGAAUGUGAUGGUAUUGAAAGUAUCGGAUCUGAUCUAGAAGAAGAUAAUACAAAAGUCAAUCAAAAUACCCCAAAAAUCGCCGGAAAAAUUAAAAGAAGACCAAGAGGGAAGCGUGCUGGCAAAAAAUUAAAUAAAACUGAUAAAAGAAGAAAAAAUGAUAAAGAAAAAAUGAAAAUGGAAGGAAUUGUGAAUUUCGAUGGGCCUUCAAAAAAUGAUAUUCCUAGAAAUUUGUGGCGUAAGAAAUUAAAAAAGAGAGUGAAGCCAAAACACCAAAUUUAA